AAAGCAGCAAGCAGCAGCUCAGCGCUCGGAGCUUCGCGCUAAUCGCUUGCAAACUUUCGCCUCCGCUCUGCGCUUCACUGCGACGGCCACCGCGAUGUCGCUCCUGCUGGAGACGGUGGGUUUCUUCCUGAGCAUCGUCGGCUGGGCUCUGCUGGCCGUCACCCUCUUCAACAGCUACUGGAGGGUCUCCAGCGUCUCGGGCAACGUCAUCACCACCUCUACCAUCUUCGAGAACCUGUGGCAGAGCUGCGCCACCGACUCCACCGGCGUCUACAACUGCUGGGAGUUCCAGUCGCUGCUCGAACUGCCCGCAUAUCUGCAAGCGUCGCGGGCCCUCAUGAUCACUGCCUUGGUCCUGGGUUUCUUAGCGAUUAUGAGCAGCAUGUUGGGCUUACAGUGCACCAAAGUGAUCGAAAACAACCCCAACGCGAAAGCCAAGUUGGCGGUCACCGGAGGCAGCUUGUUCAUCCUGGCCGGUCUCUGCGGGAUGGUGACCGUUUCAUGGUACGCCUUCAAUAUCACCCGGGAUUUUUUUAACCCGCUCUUUGUCGGGACAAAAUACGAAAUUGGACCUGCCUUAUAUUUAGGCUGGAGUGCUUCCUUGCUGGUGAUCAUCGGAGGCUGCUUUCUGUUCAGUUCCUGUCGGACCAACUCAUCCCAGGACAACAGCUACACGUAUCCCUACAAAGCCCCCAAGGUUGGCACGGCGGCUCAUCACCCCUCAGUCUCUCAUCCCCGCAGAGAGUCCAACACCAGCAGUAAUGGCCAGUAUGGCAAGAAUGCCUAUGUCUAACCUGGGAAAUGGUGGAUCAGGACAUCCCAUCAUUUUGGAUGCAUCCCUGGGAACCCAGAAGGCCAAAGACUCUUCCAAAAAUGACUCGUACCAAGGGAGAACUUUUUU